GCAAAACCAAUUUCUUUUCGACACUCGGCUCAAAUGAAAACCGCUGGUAAAGGGAGGAAAACGUUCUGCUAAAUACAAAUUCACUUUAUGUUCCAACCCCGAAACUAGUUAAUUCCAUUUUCUGCUUGUUCAAAAUUCGCUCUGAGCUAUUUACGCACAGCAGGUAGCGUUUCAUGACUGCUGGUGACCGUCAACACAUCUGCCCAAUUCAAGUGUUUUUUGUCUCGUCUGAAGUGCCAUACAAUCAAACUUGCAUACAGUAUUCCUAGCGCGAUGUCAUUUCUAUCGCGUUCUCUUCCAAAUUAAACAUCGUGGCGCCGCCGGCAAGAACAGAAAUUCUCCAUGCAACUGCCUCCUCUUCUUAUGGUUGUUUUGGUUUCUCUUUGCGCGUCCAAAGAACUGGGAGCGAAUUCGAAGAAAGGUGACCUAAUAUCACAAACCACACAUAGACACCAUCAUCUGAAGAAACUAGUGAAGCAGGGAAGUUUUACGAAAAUAAGCAAGGAGACAUUGCUGAGCGAAGUCAAAGAACAUUUAGCCAGACACAGGCUGAAAGAAAAACUAAUCACCAAGGAGACUAGCAAGGAAAAACAGGCGUUCGUAAGCAAGACUGACAAAUUCAAAAACAAGUUUAAAGAACCAACUACAAAAGACAGGUUUACAAGGAAAAAGUUGCCGGUUAAGGUCACUUUGCAGUCACCAACGCAAAGCCCUUUAGCAACGCGACAUUUUAGAAUUGAACGUGCCCGACAAGCAACCUUGGUUAAGCUUCCGAUUGACGGACCACGAGAUUCUGAUGAGGUUCUUGACGAUGAGGACGCAGUCACUAGAGAUAAACUAAAAGAUAAGAUGUUGCUAGGGAUCAUGACGACUAAAGCCGACCCGGAUUCGGAUUCGGAUGAACCAAUCACGGACGACUCUGAUGAUCGUGAAAACGAGGGUGAUUCUGUCCCAGGUCACGUGCGCGAAGGAGGCGAUCGUGUUUCAGAUGACGAAGACAAACAUGACGAAGACACAGGAAGCGAAAAAGGGCAUAAAGAAGAGCAUGAUAUACCAUUACCGCCGGAUGAUGACAAUGAUGACAAUGAUGACAAUGAUGAAGACGAGGACAAGAAUGCAGAAGAUGAAGGUGGGAGAAAACCCAAUCAUAGCAGUGAAGAUGACGAGCAACCCUCACAUUCGUUAAAGAAGCUCGCAGAAGAUAAAAAUCAUAAGAUUACACCUUACGAAAUAUCAGAUGUAAUGAGCCAAGAAUUAAUGCGGAUCUAUGGCGGAAAUGAGGAUCAAACUCCCGCCAUGAUCGAUCGAGAACGACAUCUUGAGGCCCUGAAUAGGUUAAGGGCGUUCUCUGCUCGACUAAGACAAAAAAUGCUUCAGAGAUUACGGUUGAGUUAUCCAAAUAUAUUUGGUCAAAAUGCAGCCUUGCUCCCUCAGUUCUAUGUACCACAAACUUUGGGCAUUGCUCGAGUUCCAGUCAAGACCUCUUUGUUUUUCAGCCCCACAGCUUCAAUCUACGGGUCUUCCUACAUUGGCCCAUCAAGGAGCACUAACUUGCUAUCACAGUCAAGCAAUCAAGGAUAUAGCAUCAAUGUGGAUGGUUUGCAUGGAGUGUUUUCAAAGGCUCCAGGUUAUGUUGUGAAAUUCCAUUCACCCGACAGCGAAGUCACGGUUGUGAAAAAGGAGCGAGUGAUUAAUCCGAUGAAAACAACUCAUGUAUUACAAAUAGACGCAAAAUAACGAGGAAAGUAGAGGAGAGGGAAGUGAAGUAGAGGGGAGGGGACGGGAGGGGGAGAAUAUCUAGGAGAUAAAACAGGCCAUUUCCGAGUUACCUUGAGUUUUUGUUUCAAAACGAGUCCUUCUGCAAAACCAUUCAAAUGAAAA